GAGAGAGAGAGAGCACUAGCCCAAUUCAUUGACAGCUGCUGUAUAGAGAAGACCUACUCCAGCUCUCUCUGCCCAUCUGUGCCCGGUUGCCUCCCAUUGGCACAUACAAGAUACCUGAGCAGGUGCAGAGCCAUGGCCAGUGGCCACCUCACCUGGAGCCUUGGCACAGACAUAUAAACUUCCACAUUGCCCCCCGUCCCUACAAUGUUGCCCAUGCCCAUGAUAGCAGUGGGGGCCACAGUGGGGGCCGUUCUUGGGAUCUUCUUGGCUUUAUGCAGUUUAAUUCUGCUAUUCAGCUGGAUGAGGAGGAAGAAAUACACCUGGGCAGGUGGGGAUAGAACUGCGGUGACAAUGGCCAAUCUCCUCCAAUCAGGACAACAGAUGAGUAUAUACAAGUGCACUGAGCUGGUCCAUCCUCAAGCCAAACUGCACUUUCCCUACAUCUACAGAAGCAAAAAGCCCUGCCCCAGUGUAGGGGGUGAUGAGGAAAACACACUGAAGGCAAAAGAGGAUGAAGAGUCGGGGGAGACGGAACCACAGAGAAAGGUGGAAACCAUUUCAGAGAAGAUAAAUUCAGAGAAGCGCGAAGAAUCUCUGGCCCCUGAGAAUGAAUAUCUGGAGAAGCUCAACCAAAGCUUGAACCCCAUGCCAAAGCUUCACUACUCCCUGGGAUACGACCACCAGAGGAGAGAACUGCGUGUGUCUUUAUUAGAAGCUGUUGGUUGCCCACUUUCCAAGGAGGAGGACCCUGGGAGUCACAGCUACCUAGUGGGCAUUCUCACCAGCAAAGACGGGCAAACCGAAGUUCAGACGUCGCUGAUGAAUAGGGCCCCACAUACAGUAUGGGACGAGGCUCUACUGUUUCCAUUUCAGGAUGAGGAAAGAGCAGACGCUGAGCUAACACUCACUUUGAGGCAUUGCGACCGCUACUCCCGGCACCAGAUAGCUGGGGAAAUCACCUUGAACCUGGCUAAUCUAGGUGUUCCCUUUGGGGCAGCAAGAUGGGUGGACCUCAGGCCUCCUGAGAAGGAACAAGAAGGUUCUGGUGAGGUCCUUCUGUCUCUGAGUUACCUCCCUGCGGCCAGCCGUCUCAUUGUGGUGGUGAUAAAAGCCAGAAAUAUCCAUUGUGACCGGUAUAAUAAUCUGCUGGGUAAAGAUCUAUCCAUUAAGGUCAUUCUCAAGCACCAGUCGCAGAAGCUGAAGAAGAAACAGACCAAACGUACGAAGCACAUGAUUAACCCAGUGUGGAACGAGAUGGUGAUGUUUGAGGUUCCUCAAGAAUUGCUUGGAGAUGUUUAUGUAGAGCUGCAGAUGGUCUGCGUGGAGCCUGAUAGGAGUGGGAACCACAUCUUGGCCACAUGCAAUUUAGGGGCUGAAUGGACUGGCACUGGCAAAAACCAUUGGCUAGAAAUGAUGAAUAACCCUAGAAGACAAAUAGCUUUCUGGCACCAUUUAAACACAUAACCAAAUUGUUCAACCACAUGUAUGGAGCAUGAUACAGUGUUCCCCACCCGGUUUCCUUGCUUGAUCUAUCUGUAUUUACCAGAUUUGUCGUUUGUACCCAUAGCCUCUCAUUUCAGUGGUCUGUUGGACUAUUCAGAGGACCUGCCAUUAGCUUAUGGUCAUAUAAGUGUUUAAGUGAUCUUCAUCAAUGAGGGCCACCAAGCAGAAGCCCACCCCAAAGAUCGAUGAACCAUGGAGGACCAAAGGCAAAGGAAUUCUGUAACACAGUACUGAAGAGUAAAACCACCCUAUUCCCACAAAAUAAACCACCAUGGUUAGUAGGGACACACAUGCUGCAUCUCUUUUGUAGUCCCUCUUCUUAUUCAGAGCUUCAGAGUUUAGGUUUAUCUUCUGCCUUUGAUGAGGUCCAUACCACUGUCCUUUUUCCACAUAACUGCUCGUCAAGGGCUUUCACGUUUUAUAAAGUUCUUCGCAACUGCAGGGGAGGAUCAGGGAAGUUCUAAGUUUGGUUGUGGUAGAGAUUUCCAAAGUUUAGGGUUGUCCCUCAAUGGUGACCUGAAUUAUUGGAAGGGGAGCAUCUGCAUGUUCUAAUAGGUUUAAGCAGAUGGCACUUUUAAGCCAAUAUUUAGCCCAUGACUCCUAACAGUACCACUUGUGGUGGAUAUCAGAGGACCUUUCCUAUAAUUGUGGCUCCACCCAAAUGUUGCUGGGCUACAACUUCCAGCAUAAUGCAAUGGUUAAAGCAUGAAGGAACCUGUAGACCAGCAACCACAGAGAUGGUCUACCAACAUAAUCGACAUGUUAUGAGAAAAGGGGGUGCCUUGACCAAAGUUUUGCCUCCUGAGAGGGGAAUUUAAACCGAUGAAGCACAACAACCGCUGAUUUAAAGGAACAGCGACCUACAGUAUUAGUAUGUCCCAUGGACUCCAGGUCUCCAACAAUAAAAAUACCAGAUAUUUCAAUUCCAUCCUUAAAGAGACAACAUCAUCUCAUGUAGGUAUCCACUCAUGGAUAGUUUGUAUUUCCACAGAAGGUUGCUGUGGGUGACCAGACCUAGAGCAAACAGUCUGCUCAUUAUUAUAUGACCAUGUUUACGCAUUGUCCUCUACAAUUCUCCUAGUUCUUUAGCAGAGAACUAUGACAAUUGCUAUCAGCCUAGGACUCACAGCAUGAGUAGUUUGCAGUCAGAUACAUAUGUUAGGUAUGUAUGCUCACUAAUAAAACAUUAAACAAACAA